GAUGUAGAUGUAGAUGAUGUAUCUGUAUGUGGAUGUAGAUGAUGAUGUAUGUGUAUAUGGGUGGAUGUAGAUGUAGAUGUUUCAGUAUUAGACUGGAAUGAUGGAGGAUUUUGAUCAGGCACUCUUCAGGACAGACUCCUGGUGUGGGGUCCUUGUCUGUAUGAGGUUUGGUGUCGCGCUUUUCUCCGUCCAUUUUGAAUGUUAUUAUCCUGAGUUGUUCCUGUAUAUGUGUGUGUUUUUACUUCUCCCCACAGCACUGGUUAUUACUUUAGAUUUCUCUGCUGAAACUUUUGCGCUCUGCAGUUAAACGCAGUCAUGAAUCUGGAGUUGCUCGAGUCGUUCGGGCAGAACUACCCAGAGGAAGCAGAUGGGACCCUGGACUGUAUCAGCAUGGCUCUGACGUGUACAUUUAAUCGCUGGGGGACUCUGCUGGCUGUGGGCUGUAACGACGGACGCAUCGUCAUCUGGGAUUUCCUCACACGUGGAAUCGCAAAGAUCAUCAGCGCACACAUCCACCCUGUCUGCUCACUGUGUUGGAGUAGAGAUGGACAUAAGCUGGUCAGUGCAUCUACAGAUAACAUCGUGUCUCAGUGGGACGUCCUGACUGGAGAUUGUGAUCAGAGGUUCCGCUUCCCCUCCCCCAUCCUCAAACUGCAGUACCACCCCAGAGAUGCGGACAAGGUGCUGGUUUGCCCAAUGAAGUCAGCCCCGGUGCUCCUCACGCUCUCAGACUCCAAGCACGUGGUCCUGCCAGUGGACGACGACUCGGACCUGAAUGUGGUGGCAUCGUUCGACAGGAGAGGAGACUUUAUUUACACAGGAAACGCCAAGGGAAAGAUUCUGGUGUUGAACACAAACACUCAGGACCUGGUGGCAUCUUUCAGAGUUACUACAGGCACCAGCAACUCCACUGCAAUCAAAUCCAUCGAGUUCGCUCGGAAGGGCAGCUGUUUCCUGAUUAACACGGCAGAUCGCAUUAUCAGAGUGUACGAUGGCAGAGAGAUUCUUACCUGCGGCAGAGACGGAGAACCAGAACCCAUGCAGAAACUCCAGGACCUCGUCAACAGGACUCCAUGGAAGCGGUGUUGUUUCUCAGGUGAUGGUGAGUACAUCGUGGCAGGUUCAGCUCGUCAGCAUGCUCUCUACAUUUGGGAGAAGAGCAUCGGGAACCUGGUGAAGAUCCUCCACGGCACACGCGGAGAGCUGCUGCUGGAUGUAGCAUGGCAUCCAGUGCGUCCGAUCAUUGCCUCCAUCUCAAGUGGUGUGGUCUCUAUUUGGGCACAAAAUCAAGUGGAGAACUGGAGCGCCUUCGCCCCUGACUUUAAAGAGCUGGAUGAGAAUGUGGAGUAUGAGGAGAGAGAGUCUGAGUUCGACAUUGAGGAUGAAGACAAGAGUGAACCAGAACAGACAGGUGCGAAUGCUGCUGAGGAUGAGGAGGUGGAUGUGACCUCUGUUGAUCCAAUACCAGCCUUUUGUAGCAGUGAUGAGGAGUUAGAGGACUAUAAGGCACUCCUGUAUUUACCUAUCGCUCCUGAGGUGGAGGAUCCUGAGGAGAACCCUUUUGGCCCGCCUCCUGAAGGUCAGGGCUCCACCCCUGAAGAUUGCUCCACCCAUAACACUUCCACAGACAAGAAGCAGCGACAGCCGUCUGCAGAUGGCGCUCCACCCAAAAAGAAAGCUCGAACUACAACCAUCGAACUACAGGGAGUCCCCAGUGAUGAGGUGCACCCAUUGUUGGGGGUGAAGGGAGACGGGAAAUCGAAGAAGGCCGCCGGUCGUCCGAAGGGAUCGAAAGGUAAAGAGAAAGAUUCGACGUUUAGACCCAAACUGUUCGAGAGAGACAGAGGGGCGGAGUUGGAUGGGGCAGGACUGAAGGGGUCCCUUAUCACUUCAGGAUACAAACCGCACGAUGUCCAGGGUCUGGACUGAAUGAUGGGGGAACGGACAGAUGGUGUGAGGAUGCAGUCCCCAGUGUGUGGAGACCAAACACUCUAUAAGAGACUGUAUAAGCUGAGUGUGGGGAAACUCAGGACUUUCCAGGAUCUGUGUGGGAGAGAAGGGACACAUUUUAUUCCCCAGAAUACAUCGCUUCCUGCUGAUGUACAGAGACAUGCUGAAAAAAGAGAGAGAGAGAGAGAGAGAGACACAGACUCUGGACAUUCUUCUGUACAAACUUUUCCUCAAACUGUUUAGUUAUACAGAUUUUUUUAAAGCUUCUUCCACUUCCCUUUGUGUGUGUGUGUGUGUGUGUGUGUGUGUGUGUGUCCCUUUCUGUAGAACGCUUUCCCUCUUUAGCUUAAGGAAGAAAGAAAACCUUUUGGAAUAAAAUGUUUUCGGGAACUGGA